GUUCAAGGCCGCCCUAAAAUGUGCCGUCUGCCUUCUCUAGUUCUCUUCCCAACCGCAACGAUUCGGAAGCGUCGUCGAAAACGUUAGGGUUUAAUACCCGACCAUUUUUUUAAGAAUUUUACCGGACAAGUCGCCAAAAUACCUCCCUUAAAGGAACUAGAUUUCCCCCUCCCCAUCUUUGACGGACUGGACCUGAAGCAAGAGCCAGAAUCUUGCGUUUACUCGACAUCAUGUACGCCUAUGGAUGUUCUGGAUCUGUACGAGUCUGGCGAAUGGUCAGCAGCGAAUUCACCUUGCUCUGAACUGUUCGAAGACGUCGAUUUGAGCUCUGCUUCUGAUCUGGAUGAGAGUUGCACGUAUCUGAACGACAUCGCGAUCGACUUUGCCUCUUACCUGGAUCCUGCCACCCUGAGUACCAGUCCCGAAGAUUUGAGCAAGUAUUUAGCCCCCAAGGAGAACAAGCGUAGAGAAGUAGAGCCAUAUUUACCAGAAGUAGAGCAGGGUUACGCUCCUGUUAAGAUUGUAAAAGCAAAUUCCAAAGAUAAUUCCCCCAAACCGGCUGUGACGUAUAAAUCAAGUACCCUGGCGAAAGAACCUGAGCAGAAGUCGCACAGGCUCCCAUCCAUCGCUUCCCAACUGAAGGCACCGAAGUCUCGCCGAGCCUCGUCUUCGAAGAAAUCACUGGAGAAAGGCAGCGAUGAGUAUCGGCAGAAGCGAGAACGUAACAACAUAGCGGUCCGCAAAAGCCGCUUCAAGAGCAAGCAGAAAUAUGUGGAGACCCAACACAAAGUUGACGAGCUACAAGAGGAGAAUACGCGCCUACAAUCCAAGGUGGAUUUUCUCACUAAAGAGCUCAACGUUCUUCGUAGCCUGUUUGCCACCACCGGAGCAUACAAGGAUCCUGUUGUGAAUGCAGCGCUCCUGUCUCACGGAAUUCCGACCUCUCAUGGACUUGUCGCCACCCGUUAAUAAAACCUAAUGGAACUGUUAACUGAUUGUGGACUAAAAAAAAAUAGUAGAUCUCUGGUUAUGAUGAAAUUCGAUGUAACAACACAGCCCGAAUAAAUGCAGAUUGAUCACAAA